GCCAUAAGUCUAUUUACUUCAGUCCCGAAAUUUCGGAGUUUGAGCUUCAUAAUUUCCUAUCUCAGCAAUGCUUAUCUCCUUGUGCGAAUAGGCGACGCUUCAAUGGACUCUCGGGGUUCAGACGCCAGUGGACAGGGGCAGAUUGAAUUACGACGGGUUCGAGGGGUUCCCCAUAUCUUACAGGACCGGGUUUCGAUCGUAGCGCUAAGCCAUUCACCAAGACAUGGAGAUAAUUCUCUCGGCACCAUGGUAAAACCGAAUGGUCGCUUCAAUUUCGUAUAAAGAUAUCGUUAUGUAGUUGUUUUUACGGAUAUCAUAUGGGAUUUACGUACUUGCAUAUUAAAAACUCGUUGGUUGUUGACUUAAGUGUCUCAAAAUGGUCAAAUCGAACGAAGUCGUCAAGGCCAAUGAGCACUUCGCCAGCCAGCGCGUCGAGGGCGUUGUUUGCGUAUUCGCUGGAGCAACAAAUGGAAUUGGUGCGCGAACACUCGAACGUUCGGUAUCUCUAUUCCAGAGUGCGACAUUUUACAUACUAGGACGUUCUUCUGCGCGCUUCGAGCGAGAUCAGCGCCCGGUCUUAGACUCACUAAAGACCCCGGGGUGUCGCAUCGUAUUUAUCGAAACUGAGGUUUCGCUGAUUGCUGCUGUUGAUGCGGCGAGUAGCCAGAUCGCAGCGGCAGAGUCAAAGGUGGAUUACUUAUUCAUGAGUAUGGGCACGGGCGUACCUUUUGGAGGAGCUGAAUAUACCUCAGAGGGCCUCGAAGUAUGCUUCGCAUUAUCAUAUUACUCACGCGCACGGCUCCUAUCAAACUUACUCCCACUCCUCCGCCAAGCACCAAACCCGCGUGUCCUCUGUGUCCUAAACGGCGGUCGGGAAAAACUGAUUGACGAAACAGACCUUGGGCUCGAAAAGCCGGGGGCUUGGUCUGUAAGGGGCGCCAUCAAGCACAACACAGUCCUCAUGAGCAUAGCGCUAGAUCGAUUCGCCGCCGACGAGGGCAAUUCGCACAUCACAUUCCUGCACAAUUUCCCAGGUUUGGUGCGAACCGAUAAUCCGCGGAAGAAAAAUCCGACCGGCUUAUUAGGACUUUUGCUUCGGUUCGUCAAUAAGUUCAUUGUGACAUUUGCGCAGUUCUUAGUUGGUAUGUCGUCAAAAGAAGCGGGUGAGAGACAAGCAUAUCACUUGACAAGCAACACGUAUGGUCCUGGAUCGUGGCGCAUUUCCUUGAAGGGUGAUGUUGUGCCCGAUAAUGCGGCACUAAAGCAUUAUAGGGAAGCUGGCUGGAUGGAUAAAUUUUGGGAGUUCACGGUGCGUACCUGGGAUAGGGCAUUAGCUCAGAGUAGUGGUGGUGUGUCAAAGUAGAGAGAGGGAGGUUUACAUAUUUGGAGAACCAGAAUUACCCCGUUGUUUCUUUCUUGUUCUUACGUCCUCCCUUUCGUACUCUUUCGGUACCACU